UCAUUCCACCCCCGUUGGUUAUUAAUUUCUGAACAUUUGAAUUCUUCUUUGAAGAAGAAUGUACUUGAGUGGCUGCACCAUAAGCCUUAGGCUAGAGUCAGGUUUCAAGUUCUUGUCCUGCAUUGUGAGGAUGAUUGAAAUCUGCCUUGGGUUCUAUUUCUGAAAUGCUUCCUUAUCCAAACCGUGUCCUUAAGAGCUCCAUUUAAUGCCUCCUGGACCUUGGCGAUUGUUAAGGUCUGAGAUUUUCUUCUCCUGGACAAGAGACUAGUCAUUUGUGGGCACCAUCCUCAAACCCAUAUUCUUUGUAAGGACUGGAAACGAAGAAAGCAUCCACCUGGCACCAUGUCAGCAGGGCGGGCAAGUCCCCAGGUUAAGAACUUUGAAGCUUGGGAUUAUGUCGUGUUUGCAGCUCUUUUUGUCAUUUCUUCAGGAAUUGGAGUGUUCUUUGCCAUAAAAGAAAGGAAGAAGGCAACUUCCAGGGAGUUUUUAGUGGGGGGCAAGCAAAUGACCUGUGGUCCUGUGGCUCUGUCCUUGACAGCUAGCUUCAUGUCAGCAGUCACUGUCCUGGGGGCUCCAGCGGAGGUCUACCGUUUUGGGGCAUCCUUCCUGCUUUUCUUCAUAGCAUAUGCAUUUGUUGUCAUCUUUACUUCUGAGCUCUUUCUGCCAGUUUUUUACACAUCUGGGAUUACCAGCACUUAUGAGUAUUUACAGCUAAGAUUUAACAAGGUGGUUCGUUAUGCUGCCACGCUUAUCUACAUAGUGCAGACGAUCCUCUACACUGGAGUGGUGAUUUAUGCUCCUGCUUUGGCGCUCAACCAAGUGACUGGGUUUGAUCUCUGGGGGUCUGUGUUUGCGACAGGAAUUGUCUGCACGUUCUACUGUACCCUGGGAGGAUUAAAAGCGGUAGUGUGGACAGAUGCAUUUCAAAUGGUCGUCAUGGUGGUAGGCUUCUUGACAGUUCUUAUACAAGGAACAGCACAUGCUGGUGGAAUAGAAAAUGUAUUAGAUUAUUCAAGAAAUGGGUCUCGACUUGAAAUACUUGAUUUUGAUGUGGAUCCUUUGAGAAGGCAUACUUUCUGGACAAUUGCUAUUGGAGGAACCUUUACAUGGCUAGGCAUCUAUGGUGUUAAUCAAUCCACGAUACAGAGAUGCAUUUCUUGCAAAACAGUAAAGCAUGCUAAGGCUGCCCUUUAUCUUAACUUAGUUGGUCUCUGGGUGAUUCUGGUGUGUGCAGUCUUUUCUGGCCUGAUCAUGUAUUCUCACUUCAAGAACUGUGACCCCUGGACUGCUGGCAUCAUUUCGGCACCAGAUCAGCUGAUGCCCUAUUUUGUAAUGGAAAUAUUUGCCUCAAUGCCAGGACUCCCAGGACUCUUUGUUGCAUGUGCCUUCAGUGGAACCCUGAGCACAGUGGCCGCCAGCAUCAAUGCCUUAGCAACAGUGACUUUUGAAGAUUUCGUCAAGAGCUGCUUUCCCAACCUCACCGACAAGCUGGGCACCUGGAUCAGUAAAGGCUUAUGCUUGUUAUUUGGAGUUCUUUGUACCUCCAUGGCAGUUGCGGCAUCCUUCAUGGGGGGUGUUGUACAGGCUGCUCUGAGCAUCCAUGGCAUGUGUGGGGGACCCAUGCUUGGCCUAUUCACUUUGGGAAUUGUAUUUCCUUUUGUCAACUGGAAGGGUGCAUUAGGGGGCCUCCUAACUGGAAUCACCUUGUCAUUCUGGGUGGCUAUUGGGGGGUUUAUAUUCCCUGCCCCAGCUAUCAAGACCAAGCCAUUGGUUUUAUCAACAGACCAAUGCAUCCAACUGAACAUGACAGAAUCAUUAUCCACAGCAGUUCCACCAGUGAUUGUUAACAGACCACCCCUGGCUGAAACUUGGUACUCUCUCUCCUACCUUUACUACAGUGCUGUGGGGAGCCUGGGAUGCAUCCUCGCUGGUUUCCUCAUCAGCUUGGUAACAGGUCCAGAGAAAGGCGAAAAUAUUCAACCACAAUUGAUUCGACCAGUUGGGAAUUUGUUUUGUUUUUGGUCUAAAAAAUGUAAGACAGCAUGCUGGUGUGGAGUUCAACAUGAUGGAGAGACAAUUCAUGAGGACCUUGAAAAUGACAAUGCCUGGAAACAGGGAACUGAAUCUGCCCUGCAGAAUGGAUUCAAAGACAAUCAGGACCAUCUCCCUGGCUAUAAUCCUUAUGAGAAAAGCUAUACCAAUCUGGCUGCUGAGAAAGUCACCCAUUUGUAGGGACUGAAAUCUGCUUCUUGUCCCAAUACUGUUCCCUGCAACACAGACACACACUGAGACAGAAACAUGCCUGCCCACAUUCCCUUCCUCUUUAAACUACCAGUCUUGCUUUUGGGAUUAUAGUUGGUUGGUUGAAAAGCACGCUUACACUUCCAGGCAGUACACAUUUCAGAUAUGUAUUUAUGUUUUGUUUUUUAUGAAUAUGAAUAAAGCAGAUAGGAGACCUGUUUCCCAAGGAUGCUCUGCUUUGGAAGGUACCUUCUUUUCUACCUGUCAUUCCAUUCAUGAUCACAACUCAAUUAAAAGUUGAUUUGAGGUUCAUCAAAAUCCUCAACUUUGGAAGGAACUGAGAGGCAUCUUGCCCAUCCCUCUAUCAACAUCCCUGACCAGUAGUUGCCAAGAUGCAGCUUUGAAGAGUUCUAGUAACAAAGCAUUCACCCCCUCCAUGAGGCAGUCCAUUCCACUACUAGACAGGUCUCAUUGCUCACAAUCCACCUACAUAUUUCAGAUGGAAUCUGUUCCCCUACAAGAGUGUGACUUCUACACGAUGCCAUGGCACACACUGUGGGACAGAGGUGUUGGAUCUGGAAUUGGAGGAUGGGUCCAAACCAUGGCUUUGCCAUUUAUCACCUGUGUGAAGAAGGUAAUUUAACCUCCCUAUGCCUUGAUUUCUGCAUUGGUAAAAAAGAGGGCAUCACAAUGUGGACUUUACUACCAGUCGCAAUGCAAUAAUCUAAGAACUGUGGGAGAAGAAAGACAAACGAAAAACACAUGACUUACCACUUAUCACUUGUAUAUAUGGGUACAUGAUUUGGGCUUUGGGCUUUAAAAGACUGCUUUAUAGCAAACAUGAAUGAUAUGGGAAUAGGUAUCAAGUGAUAACAUUUGUACAACCCAGUGGAAUUGCUUGUUGGCUCUGGGAGGGUGGCAGGAAGAGGGAAGGGAAAGAAAAUGAAUCAUGUAAACAUGGAAAAAUAUUUAAGAAAACUAAAAUAAAACUUAAAAAAGAUGAA